CCAGGUCAUAAACCCCAAUCAACAGCCUGAGCACGAAGAAGCCCUGAUCCUCAACACUGUAAUAAUACGAAAUGUCCAGCAGGGGGAGCCACAUCACCUGCCUCUACUAACAGAGAUGCAGGAAGCACAACAGGUGUUCAAAGGGUCUCCACCCUUAGUUACUGUUGCCCAGGAGUCUGCCAAUCAGGAGCCUGGCUGCCAUGGAUCUGCUUCUGUUGUAGUGAGGGAGCUGUCGAGAGGGACGGGGUGGUGGAGGGAGAGAGAGAGGGAGGAGGAGGAAGGUGGACAAACAGGUAGAGGAAAGGAAGAGAAAGAGGCCGGGUUUCACGUGGGCGAGGCAGGAAUAGAGAAGCUGGGGAAUAAAGGCAAGGGAGAAACGAAAGAGACGCAGAAGUUGGGGCAGCGAGCAAAAUCUGCCUGCAGCAGUGACACAGCAGUGAGAAUGGAGGGGGACAAUGGGGACGAUAACCAGAGUGACAGCGGGGUGUCUGUGGACUUCUCACCUGGCAGCACCAUGGAGCUUCAUCCAGUCCCUGAUGAUGUCGGCGGCGUUCCUGCUUUUCUGGGCGAGACGCCUAUUGAGAGGGAGAUUCGCCAGGCAGCAGAGCGGGAACAGAGUCUGCGGCACGCCCGGGGUCUUUCCAAGACCGAGGAAUUCGUGGACAUUCCCUUGAGGCGGUCUAUUCUGUCCCAGCCGCUGCCCGCCAAGUUGGGCAGAGUGCAGGGGAAAGACCGGCAGCUUGCCGGCAAGAAGAUGCAGUGGGAGAUCAAGAUGGAGUCAGAGCGGGAGCAGGCUCUGGUCCAGUUAGGCAAAGUGCCAGGCUUCUACGAUAAGGGCAGCGUGCGCCAACUGCGGGAGAGGAAGCUGUUGUUCGAAGCUCUCCAGGAGAGCCAGCUGGCAAAGCCGGCCCUGUCAAAGAGGCCAUCGGCCCAAAGAGACAGAGCUUCUACUGCAGGAUCUGACCCUGGGCAUCUGCAAAGAACAUUGCACCCCUCAAAGGAGCUGAGUCUACCUCCUGUAUCAUGUGGCCCUACGCUCUCUGAGGGGCCUCAUGGACAGGUCAUCAUUCAGGAGAGUGCUUCUGUACCUCAGAGCCUCACAGCCGGUCCAGAGAGCCCCCCACUGCCCUCCCACAGCACGGACUCCGUAACCAUAAUCCCCACCAGGGCCAACGAGGGAGAUGAGGAACAUGACCGGGAAGAACCCACCCUGUCCAAGGAGAACCCCUUCUUUAAGCUGCGCUCCUCCCUUUCCCUGAGACCCAAGGUGGAACAAGACAUCCGGGAAACGAGGGAAAGAGAGAGGGAGCUACGGAGGCAGAGGAACAGCUUGCACGGGGGGGAGAUUCCCAGGACUGCAAGCGGGCGGCCGGCAAACACGAAGACGCGCAUCAGCUCAACGCCACGUUACAGCCUCCCCUCUACAGACCUGGCCUCCAGGACCUCCUCAUCCACACCGCCAGCCCGGCAGAGUAGGAAGCUCGACCUGGUGUGGCCCCCGGCAGAUGAGAAGAGAACGUCGCAGCUGGAGGAACCGGUGUCCAAAAGCUCCAGGACGGCACGUCAGAAACAUCCGCUGCUACAGCGCUGGGAGUCGGGCCUAGUGCAUCGCAAUGAGGCGGAGAGGGACUGAAGGUGGCGCCCCUCUAGAGGAGCCCCACAGCAACUGCAGUUUAUUUUUCCCAUAUCUGCAGUUUUAAGUGGGCACCGCAUCCUCUCACCCCAGCCCAUCGGGGAUGCUGGAAUGCCGGAACCAGAAAGCCGUUUGGAAGAAUUGGAACGUGGGAGUGCAGCGAGGAGGUCUGGGUUGGGAAAAUUUGAAGACUUGAAAAGUUCGAAGAAUUGGAUCGGCGUGUCUGACCCAUAGCAGUGUUUCUGUAAUUAUUCCAGGGCAGUGCUUGGCGGAGCUCGCAGAUGGAUUUGACGUGUCUUAGGUUAUUUAAUUCUGAUCCUGUUUCACAGCCCUAGAUAUCAGUCUGGCCUGAGAUCUGAUUCUGCCCUGUUCCACCAUUAAACUGCCUGUGCAGCCUUCA